GGGAAGAACCCAAACUCAGCCAUUUUUGUUAUUAAGGUUAUUGAUAAACAUAAUUACUACCUUAAUGUUAAUGCUAUCAUGUUUGAAUUCGAAAAAAAGUUCAGUAUGGAGAUGAUAGAAAAUAUUAAGUUCUUAACACAGCACUGUAAAAUAGAUGCAACAGCACAAAUAAAAUAUCUAGAAGGAAAGUACCCUGUUUAUCCAAUAUAUAGCAAGGAUUUAUAUGCAGUAAUCAGAAAGUUUUGCCUUAUAGCUAAAUCUUUGUUGAAUGAUACUGCUCAAAUAUCAGAUUGUUAG